UUCAGUUCUUCGGUCCACUUGACAGUCGACAGUCGGAAUUACGUCAGGGGUGGCUAAGUCGUGCUUGCUCGUUCUUCUCCUCGAUGAGAGACAACGCAAGGAUGCGACGAUCGGCCCGAUCGUGAGAAUUUCAAUCUACUUUCUCCGCCGUUGCUCUCGGUGAAUUAGAAUUCUAAAGUGACCAACGAUCACGAUCGAAGAGAAACGAGUGAUACAGAGAGAGAGAGAGAGAGAGAGAGAGAGAGAGAGAGAGAGAGAGAGAGAGAGAGAGAGAGAGAGAGCUCGCAUGUAGAACGCAUUCGUCGAGAGUUAUCGUUCGAUUUUCAUAUCCUUUUCCUCCUUCCUGUUUACGCCGCGAAGAAGGAAGGACUAGCGAUUCCUUGUAAGACAAAUAUUCAAUGUGAGAUAUCGAUCAACGUGCUUCGCGACUCGUGCUCAUUCUCCUACCACGAUUUUAAUGCCAACAAGUCAUUGUUUUCGUUCGAAAGAGAUACAUUCUAAGAAUAAGAAGGAAGGAAGGAAAGAAGGAAAAUCGCAAAAUGACUGCGUCACGAGUUAUCGUCCUCGUCCUUUAUCUACUUUUCCAACGUUCUCACGCAAUGUCCGGCAGAAGUAACUCCGGCCAGGUUCUUCUCGGAGAAGUCGACAUCGCAGUUAGAGAUGAUGGUUCCGCCAGCGAGAUCACUACAGAGGAGCCUUAUUUGAAGAAAUGUAUCGUCGAUGGGAAUGCCUAUUCGCACAGUCAAACGAUUCCGUCAUACGACAUCAACUCUCAUUGCCUCUGCGUCGCCGGCGAGGUUUAUUGUUGGUGGCAAAAUUAUAAUCCGAGUACCGACUCUUCAAUGGGUUCUGCCUCGUCGUUAUCGACGACUUUAGGAAGUAAUUAUACUCCCAUGUUGGAAGUGAGCACGGACACUGCCGAUAGUUCUGAAGCUUCCGGUGAUCAUCUUGUCGAGGAAGCUCUCGUCGGGCAAUCACAAGGACGCGUUGAGAUCAACUCGACGUACUCGACUACGCCGUCUGCUCCAACAACGUGCCUCGUCAUGGGUAGGGAGUAUCGAGAGGGCGAAGUACUGCCGCAUUCGACCGGAAACUGCGUCGAAUGCAGCUGCGGCUCAGAGGGUCGGGUUGAGUGUUCUCCUCGGGAUUGCGUACCUCUAAGGCCUGAGAUACCGGUCGCACCGGAUAUACCCGAACCACCAGGCGCUGAUUUUGAGCUCUUCGAUUUGGCACGAGAUCGAGGGAUCGACGAGGGAUUUUAAUAAGCUUCUUCUUUUCCCUUUUCUCAUCCUUUUCCUUUUCCUUUCCCUUUUCCCUUUUCGUUUUUCUUUUUUCGAGAACCGUCUAAUCUAGUGAUGACUCUGCUCGUUCUUUUACAAACGUCGUUCGCCAACUUUUUCAACGGAUUCAUUACUCGUAUACAUUUCGUCGUUCUCGAAGCAACGAUUCCUUUUGAAAAGAAAGAAAAAACAAAACAAAACGAAACAACGAUCUUAUAUCUUCUUCUAAUUUAGAAUAGUUUGCGUUCGCAAUAGAUCACAUAUGGAUCACCGCGAGACGUGCAAGUCAAGUUAGGAAACUAAUCGAUAAAUCGGCGCCUUCUCUCUUAAUUGAGAACGUGCCUUUCCAUUUCUUCCAUUUAUUGAUUUACCUGAAAGAUAAUUUCUUUUUUUUUUCUUUUUUUUUCUUUGCUUUUUUUAGUAACACCUAGCGUAAACUUUUCUAAAAACGAUCAAGUGAGAUUAUUGUAUCGAUCUCCUUUCUCGAUAUCCACGAUAUUCAAUCGCCUAUUAUUAUUAUUUUUAGUCGAUCAUAUCCUAAUAUUUCCUUUGGGAAGAACAAAUCGCGAAAAAUGUUUUGCAAAGUCAAUGGAAGACGUCGUAGUAAAAAUUUUUUAAAAGAACACCGAAAACGGCACGAACGAAGAAAUGUGUUCCGUUACUUCGCACGGAAAGAGCUUUUCUCUUUCCAAAAUUUGCGAAAUUUUCGGUAUGUUUAGUGAUUUUUCGAGGGAUUUUUCCUGACCAAAUAGGAAAAUAUCUUCUGUAGGGAACGGCCUAUGAACGUAAUAAGAAAAAGAAGAAAAAAAAAAGGAGAAGAAAACAAUGUAGGAAAUCGGCCUACGCGAUAUUAAUCAAGAAUGAAUUUCAUCAAGUAGCCAAGUGAGAAAAAAAGUUGACACGACUCUCAUCUUUAUGGAUUACGCAUUUGUCUUUAUCUACUAUUCAGAUCGUCAUAUAUCUUUAGACAUUUUCUAGUCUAGACAUAUCUUAGACUAUAUCUUAGUUGUAUUCAAAAUCAUCAUAUCCUAUUCAUAUUCUAGUCAUAAUCAUAGAUCACGCGAUAAAUUUAACUAUAUCGUAUUUCCCUUGCCCGGGAUGAGUGUAAAAAAAUAUUGAAUAAUUGAAUUAAGGUACACAGAAGGCUAUAUAUUAUAUACACUUAAGUCCAACGAAGCAGUAUUAUCUAUUUUUAUAUAUGCAUUUUAUUUCAGUUCUAUAUUUUGAUCUGAUAUUUUUCAAUGCCAAUGAUAGUAGCCUUUUAUCUUAUUUAUGCGUUAAAAUACUCCACGCGUUACCAAUUGAUGCAGGAACUUUGAUCUUCCUUUGUUCUUCCAUCUUUCUCUUUUAUUAACGAAUAUAAAAAGCAUAGUUAUCAGUUCAACUUUAGAUUAUAACCAUCGUUUCGUACAAUGAGAUUAUAUUAUGUAUCAUGGUGCGAUCUGUUAAUAUACGCGUGUAAUAAUUUUGGUGCUAAUAAUUUCACAUUUUUAAAUCGUCAAAUUGUGCUUAAAUACGAUUCGUUGAAACUUUGUAAAAGUCUUUGCUAUAUAACGUUUAUUGUUUACAAAAUACAAUAAUCUAUGCUCGUAUAUAGAAGCAUUUUCUAAAUUCUCUCAAGUAGCGAAGCUAUUCUUCUUGUUGUCGUUUACAAGUGACUACAAUUUCAAUAUAUUUUAGGGACACCCUGUGUAUAUACAUACAUAUAAAUCCAUACAUAGAACAUACAUAUAUACAUAUGAUAGAACACAUACCCAUUAUACAAGGAACCAAAUAUUAAGAUAACGACCUAUACACACAUACAUACGUGUAUGUAAUAUAAAUAUACCUAUACACACAUACAUACGUGUAUAAUAUAUAUAUAUAUAUAUAUAUAUAUAUAUAUAUAUACGUAGGUAUAAAAAUGUAUGUAUAUAUACUUGCGAAUAAAUAGACGUAGAUCAGUUUGAUAGAAUUUGGAUGUCGCAUACUUUUUACAAAUGCGUUCUUAGGAUAUUUCAUUUGACCAGUCCAGUGCAGUUUCAAUUGACCAUGUUAAGGAUUACUAUUAAACAGUCCCUAUUCCGUAAAGAUUAUUUAAAAGCAAGGAAUCGCUUGUUAAAACUUUCAAUGGUUGCAAGGUACAGAAAAUGUUCUUCUGAGCGCACGUCUACAUAUACGUUUAUGUGCACGUCUGUAUCUCAUAUGUAUGCGCUUCCAUACAUGGAUACGGUUAAUCCUAUGAAAAGUUAGCAGACUAUGCGUUGGAGAAGCUAAUUAUGAAAGAAAAUGGCUAGAAAAGGGGCUAUAAUUACGUAAUAUAUUUAGGAACGACGGGAGAGAACAUUAUCUAUAGGUAGUCGUAUUAUUAGGUAGAUUCCAAUGUGAUAUAUACACGCAAAAGAUAACUUUGUCUAAGAGUUUAUAAUACUUUUGAAAAGGGCCGAUCUUUCAUCAGGGUCGUUGGAAAGAACUUAGUAACGUAGUAGUGUACUACGAGUAACGAGAAAAAACAAAAAAAAAAAAAAAACGAAAAAAAACUCUGUAUUCAAUAGGACCACCAACCAAAAUAUUCUCGUUCGAAUUGUACAGAAUCAACGAAUUAACUUACAUAGAUCCACGCAUGCAACAAUUUUGAUUGUUAUUAAGAUAUUUUUAUUCGAUUAUCUUUUAGAUAACUUUAAGAUAACAUGAUGCUUCGCGUUAUCCCUAACACUCUUUGCCUUUUUAAUCGUUAUUAUCGACACGACUUUCUUCCGUAUCGUGAUCGAGGAAAGGUUAGUUCGUUGUAAACGCCUACUACGGAUUUUAGACAAUCCAUAUUUCUUCCUCCAUAAAGAAUCGAUGAGAAUAAGCAUGAGGAUUCAAAGGAUGGAAAGGAAAGGGAAAGACAAAGUAGUAGAUAGAUUUGUAAUAUAAUUUAGUUGCGGUGACGUGCCACGGGACCAUCAUCAAGGAACGAAGAAUGAUAUCGCGCAUUGAUUUUCCGUUAGUUUUUUAUAUUUAAGUAACGAUCUCGUAACGUCUUCCAACUAUCCCACACACAGUUAUGUCCACCUUAACGUUCGUGGGGAUCUUCUGUCCUCUCAAAAACGAUUGUUAUUCGAAUAAAGGAGGAUCUUACGAUCAA